UUUAUUGCAUUUGGCGCCCUUUGGCCCCGCAGUGGGUUUGUGGCCCUUGAGCUCUUCAGCGCACCGGGAUCAGGACAGCAGUGGGAGUCGGGAGCUCAGAAACAAAACAUCUGCUGGUUUUCACAGUGAAGGAGUACUGAUAACUGCACUAGUCAUAAUGGUGCUCUUCUGCGCGGAUCUGCUGUGUUGCUGCUGCUGCUGUUCUCUGGCCGUUCUGGCGCUCGUCGCUGCGGUCUGGCUCUUCAGAGACCUCCGUCAGAUCAGCGGCAUCCACGAGAAACACGUCCUGGUGACGGGCUGCGAUAGCGGCUUCGGACUGCUCGCGGCGCGGCAGCUCGACCGGCGGGGGUUUCACGUGAUCGCCGCGUGUCUCACGGAACCUGGUGCCUCCAGACUGCGCGCGGCGGCCUCCCCCAGACUCAAGACGCUUCUGCUCAAUGUUACCGACAGCGCGAGCGUGGAGAGUGCGCUGGAGCGCGUGCGCAGCGAGACCGGGGAGAGAGGUCUGUGGGGUUUGGUGAACAACGCUGGCAUCUCGGUCCCCAUCGGCCCCAUGGAAUGGAUGCAGCUGGAGGACUUUAAGAAGGUUCUGGACGUAAACCUCAUCGGUUUUAUCGAGGUGACUCUGAAGUGUCUUCCUCUGCUGAAGAAGGCUCGUGGUCGGGUGGUGAACGUGGCCAGCAUACUGGGCAGAGUCUCACUCAUCGGGGGAGGAUAUUGUCUCACUAAAUAUGGUGUGGAGGCCUUCUCUGAUAGCUUGAGGAGAGAUAUGAUGCACUUUGGAGUGAAGGUAAGUAUCAUUGAACCAGGCUUCUUCAAAACACAAGUAACAGAUUUGAGCCUCAUUGAAGAUGAUCUGAAGAAACGGUGGAGCAACCUCCCAGCAGAGGUCAGGAGAGCCUAUGGAGACUCAUACCUGCAGGACUAUAUAAAGUUGCAGGAGUUAUCCAUGAAGACUCUGGCCAGCAGUGAUCUUUCUAAAGUGACGUCAUGUAUGCAGCAUGCUCUUUCAGCGCGUUAUCCCCGAACACGCUACAGUGCAGGCUGGGACGCCAAGUUCCUCUGGAUUCCCCUCUCGUACCUGCCGACAUGUAUAGCAGACAUCUUCACCAACAAUUUAAUGCCUUCCACGAAGGAGAGCUGAAUAUCUCUACAAAGAUUUGCUGAAAACACCACUGCAGCUCAACUUAUCUGAUUUGUGAAGUUUUGUCUUUGAAACUGUGAUUGCUGUAUGCAACAAUGAUCACCCAGCCCUGCAUUAUGAAAACAAUUCUGCUGAUUUGCCAAAAAAA